UGACUUGCGUUUUAAUGCUGAAACACAAAUCAAUAAAAUUUCUUAGGGGGCGUGGAUGAUGUUUAUGAAAAAAUACGUUUAACUUGUUGCAAGUAUACAUAUAAGAUGGGUGAUAAGUGUGAAGUAUUUUUAGAAAAAGAAGAGUACGCACCGGGUGAAAUAAUAAAUGGUAGAGUAGAAUGCAACUUUGCGUCCCAGAAUAAAGUUAAAGGGAUACGAUUAAAAAUAAGUGGAGAUGCAAAGGUCUUCUGGAAAAUAAGCGCUUUCACCUAUCGAAGGGCCCAAGAGGUAUUUUUUGAAACUGACCUAGACUUAUUAGAAAACGAGAUGACUUUUCCUCCGGGAACAUAUACAUACCCCUUUACGUACACUCUGCCUUCCACAGUUCCGUCAAGUAUGAUGGAAGGAGACCCCACAUAUAAGAAGACCGUUGCAUCAUAUGUAGUACCGUUUAACUUGGUGGACGUAUAUUAUGGAUGUGUACAGUACAUAAUUAAGGUGACAAUCGAAAGGUCCUGGAGUACUAAUAUCAGUAUUGAAAAAUUGUUCAAAGUGAUGUCGAGCCUUGAUCUAACCACGAUCAGUGGACUAGAGAAAAGUUACGAACUUAGUAUCGGAAAGAGGCCGUCCUCGCUGUUUAAAGACACGGGGCCGAUCACGGCCACAAUUCAAAUGCCCCGAAGUGGAUAUGUCCCGGGUGAAAAACUACCCUUUAGCGUUUACGUGAAAAAUGCAUCAUCAAUAGAUAUACAGUAUAUUCAAUUUAAAUUUGUUCAAGGUUUUGUGUUUCAUGCCGAACAAAGUACAAAAAGCAUCGACACUAUGAUGGGAGAAGAAUUUAUGCUUAAAGAAAGCGAUGUGGCUGUGGGAAAUGAACGAUCUUGGAAGUUAGAAUUGGUGGUACCUUCAAUGUUUUUAGGAAAUUACUCUCAUUGCAGCGUUAUUAAAAACUUUUGGGAGUUAAGGGGCGAAAUAUGUUUGCCAUUUCCAAAUCCGGCAUUUAACGUCUCUGUGCCAAUAACGGUAGGAAGCGUUGCAUUAACAAAGCGACCUUAGAUGAAGACGGAUUUCAAUCAUAUGUAAUUGGUGUAACUCAAUGUUAUGUACAAUAGUUUGCAUAAGAACCUAAUCAAUUUAUUUUAUCAGUAUAAAAUUAAACCGUGCGAUUUAUUUUACGUGUCCAAGUGUACCUAUAUUUCGUUUAUUAUUGGAGAUAGGAAAAAAGUGUAAGAAGCAAAAAUAAUGUAUGUACUUCCAAUUUCUGAUAAAGUUACAUAUUCGAAAAAACUAGUGAUGUAAAAACAAUAAAGCAUCUGAAAAAAAAUUAAUUUUUGUAAAUAGAUCGUUACCUUUUUCUAUAAUUGUUGGAUAGCACCAGAAUAAUAAAAAAUAAUGUCAGAUACAAAACUUGUCAUUUUUAUAUAAUUAACCAUUUCCAUUAUAGUAAAUAUUAAUAUUGUAUAUCAAAGCCUAUAAUUAUUGUUCACCCGUACUUCAGGCAAGUAUACAACAAAUUGGCGACGAGGAUUAUUGGUGUAGCACUCCGCAUUACAGUUGCACGUGGUUGGGCGAAAAACUGUCUUAUUUUUGUUUAAAAUUGCACAAUUACAGCGAUUGGUUUUAAAAACAUUACUAUAGCCACAGAUCUUAAUUGAUAACCUAUUUCAUUUAUCAUUGUAAAGAGAAAUUCAAAGUUUUAAGCAUAUUACAGAAAAAAGUAACAGUUCCAUUAAAAAAAUUAAUUUGUUCCCUGAUGCUCUAUUGUUUUUAUAUCACUUGUUUUUUUGAAUAAGUAGCUUUUUCAGAAAUUGCAAGUAGAGUAUUUUUGUAGUAUUUAGCUCCAAUAAUAAUAAAGAAUACGCUGGCACACGCCAAAUCAAUCACACUGUAUAGGUGGGAGUUCGCGCCUAAUAAAAAAACAACGAUCCUAUGGAUUUAAGUUGAUUUAGGUUUAACGAACAUUUUUUAAUAUAUAAAAUUCAAAAUACUUUCAAUUGAAAACAUUCUAAAAAUGAUGCCCAAAAGUAUGUUGUAUUAUUAUAGUGUGGUCAACUCCAAAACACUUGCACUUGUUACCACUUGACAGUUGAUAUUCAGAUUUAAAAAAAAAAUGAUCGUUACACCAGAACAACAUUCAAAUCAGAACUGUUAUUUUGUUUUUGUUAAGAGGCGUUGAACUCAAGUUUCCAUGCUUUUGCAUCGACAAUAUGCACAGAUGCUUGUUUGUCAUCAUUCUGUAUGUAAA